AUGCCCGCGAAGUACUCACACGUAAAGAAGCGACCAGCUGGACAAUCUAAGAAAGCUGGAAGCAACCACAGCAAUGGAAGUAACAACCACGCUCACCACCGGAAUCCCAAUCCCCACCUCGAUCGGCACAUUGAUCUCAGCAUUACACAGGCAGUGACAGCCGUGUCGCAACUCGAGCGCGCGAUUGCCCGCAUUCUGCUGAUUCGUUUCGAGCAGGACAUGGCGCGAUUGUUCUCUACACACCUCCACUGUGUCGCGCUUCUGCAUCUCCCCACGUUCGUAAUGCGAUGUGUCACCGUAUGCGGACCUGGCUGGGUGGCCGCGAACGCGGACUGUGACGAGAUUAAAGACUUCUUCCGUGCAGCGAUUGGCAUGGACCUGAGACAAGCCGGCGAUCGGGUUGCUACGAAGAGCGUCCUUUGGUCGUAUACUGCUUUGCGACAUUUUGCCAUGUCUCACAAUGUCUCCAUCUGCCGGAAACGUGGUCUGCAUUCGCUGCAACUGCUUCCGCAUUACUCUGCCCUGAAAGCUCAUCUCGACACUCUUGAGGCCAUGCCAGCACCUGCAUUCGCCAAGCCACCCCAUCUAGGUUCACUGUCUGAGGGACUUCGCGCUCUGGAAGAUGCGUGUGGAGCCAAAUAUACCAAAGACGCGGAAUGGCGCACAAAGCUGCGCGUGGGGUACGAGCGCGUCUGCACCACUCUUUGGCGCGUUGCUGGCGAGUUUGACGUGCGCGGAUACGGCCUUGUCCUACGCGAGAAAUUGACGAACAAGUGGUGUGACUGCGGGUGUUCGACGGAUCAUCUUAGUGAAGUGUGUGAAAAGACAGUGCGUGAAGACGAGGAAGAGAGUGGAGUGCGGCCGGGAAAGGAAAGAGAAUGGGACGGACGUGGAAGCGGUGUGUAUGGCUGGGAAACAGAAGAAGAAGAAGAUAUUUGGGAGAUUGACUUCGACUUCAUCGGCCUGGUAUCGGAGGAUAAUGACGACGAGGGCCUCGAUCCUGACAUGACUAUCAACGGGCUCAUGGAAUGGCGAUAUCUUAGGGCUGAACGCGAGAAAGAGCAGGGAAACACGGCUUUCAAGAGGGGUCAUUACGUGGAAGCCAUAGAACAUUACAAAGCAGCACAUCGAAUCGAGCCCGAGAUGUCGCAUUAUCAGUUGAACCUCGCGGCUGCGCACCUGAAGCAACAAAACUGCGUAGCUGCAGAACGCGCCUGUGAUACUGCGCUCGGUCAGCAUAUGAGCCUGAAGGGGCAUUGGCGCCGAGCACAAGCGCGAAAAGCCCAAGGUCGCACUGAGGAUGCCAUCAAGGAUCUACGGGCUGUGCUCAAAAUCCAACCCACAAAUGCUGAAGGGUUGGCAGAGUUGACAGUAUUGUCACCGGCCGAUGCGCCUGUCUCUUCCCCUUCAUUUUCUUUGUCGAAAUCCGCCUUUUCAUCCACCGAGUCGUCUUCAUCCCGUUCUCAACCUGCCGGAUCGACCGCAGCUACGAAUCUUUGCAAGCCGUUGCCCUUCCCGCGAACAGACGUAGAUAAUCGCAAGUUGAAGAUCUUCACCCUUCCGUUGACAGUGGACAUACCCAUUGAUUUCAUUCCAUUUCUCAAUGCCAAGAUGGCGCCUCUAUCCUCUUCCAAACUGAUUACAGAGUCAUUCGUAUAUCCUAACUGGGAACGCUACGUUGUGCAGAGGGUAUUGGACUAA